AUGGAUUUCACGGAGUUUGCUGCGCUGACCAAGGAGCUGAACGCCUGCAGGGAGCAGCUGCUGGAGAAGGAGGAGGAGAUCUCUGAGCUCAAGGCGGAGAGGAACAACACCAGGCUCCUGCUGGAACAUCUGGAGUGUCUUGUGUCCAGACACGAGCGGUCGCUUCGUAUGACGGUGGUCAAGCGUCAGGCUCAGUCUCCCUCAGGAGUUUCCAGCGAAGUCGAGGUCCUCAAAGCCCUUAAGUCCCUGUUUGAACACCACAAAGCCCUCGAUGAGAAGGUCAGGGAGAGACUACGGGUGUCGCUGGAGAGGGUGUCCGCCUUGGAGGAGGAGCUUACAGCAGCCAAUCAGGAGAUUGUGGCCUUACGGGAACAGAAUGCUCACAUCCAGAGGAAGGUGGCGUCUGGAGACGGAGCAGACGACUUACUGGAGGGGAGUGAAGCUCAGCAGAAAGUCCACAGCAAGCGCCUGUCCAACGGCUCCCUGGAGUCGGCCCAUGAGGCGAGUCAGGUGGUGGAGCUGCAGGACCUCCUGGAGAAGCAGAACUACGAGCUGGCCCAGAUGAAGGAGCGCAUGUCGUCGCUCUCCUCCCGGGUCUCCGAGGUGGAGCAGGAGCUGGAGACCGCACGCAAGGACCUCAUCAAGUCAGAGGAGAUGAACAACAAGUACCAGAGGGACAUCAAAGAGGCCAUGUGUCAAAAGGAGGACAUGGAGGAACGGAUCGUAACGCUGGAGAAACGCUAUCUGAGCGCCCAGCGAGAGUCCACCUCGGUGCACGACAUCAACGACAAACUGGAGAAUGAGUUGGCCAAUAAGGAGGCGUUCCUCAGACAGAUGGAGGAGAAGAACCGGCAGCUCCAGGAGAGGUUAGAGCUGGCGGAGCAGAAGCUCCAGCAGACCAUGAGGAAGGCCGAGACGCUGCCGGAGGUCGAGGCCGAACUGGCCCAGCGGAUAGCGGCCCUCACAAAGUCCGACUCCAGCUCCUCUUCCUCCCCCGAUGAUUAUCACUUUGUUAUGGAAGCUAAACUCCAAGACAUGAACUCCAUUCUUAGGAAGGUAGACCCACAGGGCAUCACAGCUACUGCCAACUCCUGCAGGGAGCAGAUUCCAUUCAUUUAUCGAGUGUUGUGUGGCGAGCGUGUUUACUGGGACUCUGCUCUGGCUGUUCUACCAGCAUAG